AUGAGGGCGUCUGUGGCUCUUGCGCUGGGUGGCUUCGCUCUUUCCGUCGUUCGCGCGCAAGACACGGACGUCACAUGUCUCUCUCAGUUCAAUUGGAUGAACAACGCGCAAGGGCAAAACCCAUGUCUAGUCACCUCUAUCCUCCGCAUCCCUUGCCAAGGCGAUAACGAACUGCUCUCGCUUAAGGAGGACGGGACAUACGUCGGCUCCGGGACGUCGUCCAAGUGCUACUGCAGCACCGUCCUCUACUCCACCCUCGCCGCGUGCGGGUACUGUCAGGGCGCGUCAGACCCGGAUGCGAUCGUGAAGUGGAGCACGUUCAUCCAGAACUGCUCGAAGUCCGACAUUUCGAUCCAAUCUUACACGGCUGGUCAGAUCCAAGGCUCGGAGGCCCCGAAAUGGGCGUACUUGUUUGACGGCUCGACGGACUUCGUCAACCUUGCCGCGGUUCAAGCAAAUGCUACGAGCACCACUUCCACCUCAUCCUCGUCCACCUCCACCUCUACUUUGUCCGUUUCCACCUCAAACUCCGCCUCUACAACAUCAUCUUCAACUGCCGCGUCCUCCAGCUCCACCGCCGGCGCGAACAACAGCUCAAAUUCAUCAGGAAACAAGUCUAACGUGGGUGCGAUCGUCGGAGGGAUCGUCGGCGGCGUCGGAGCGCUAGUCCUCGCAAGCAUCACGUUCUUCUGCUGGAGAUCACGCCGCUCCACAUCCGCAUCGCCUGGUCCUGGGUUCAUGCCUGAGCCGGCGGCGUCGUACGGCCAGCCGCCCAUGCAAAGCGUGCAGGGGUACUCGCCGUCCCAGGCAGCCUUCCCCGCGGUCACGUACGGAGAGGCGUCGCCGAUGCUGAUUUAUAACCCGGACGACCCACGGACAUUCCCUGUGUCGGAACCUGCUUCCUCCAUCCCCUCAGCGAACACGGGGCCAACGCAACUCAGCCACAAUAGUUACUCGCCCAUGAUGGACACGGACGUGACGUGCCUCUCGGACUUUGCCUGGAUGAACAGCGCGCAGGGCCAGAACCCCUGCAACGUCACCUCCAUCCUCCGAGUGCCGUGCCAAGGCGCAAACAAACUGCUUUCGCUCAAGGAGGACGGGACGUACGUCGGCUCCGGGACGUCGUCCAAGUGCUACUGCAGCACCGUCCUCUACUCCACCCUCGCCGCGUGCGGGUACUGCCAGGGCGCGUCGGACCCGGACGCGAUCGUCAAGUGA